AUGAAUUCGCAGACUCCGCAAUUCUCCCAGGGUCGCGCUCAUACCAUGUCAUCGCAUGUCGCACAACCCCAAUUUCAAAGACCGCCGCCGCCGCCAACACGGCAAAUGCCAAAUGGACACGGACCGCCUUCGGCACCACCAAAUGGAUAUCCUCCACCCCCACCGUCUGGACAAUAUCAGGCCUACAAUCCAGGGGCCUCGGCAACAAUGUCUUCGCAUCAGCCUCCUCGACACAACCCUGGUAACCAACAAACCCAACAACGCUUUGCUGCCUAUCCUCGACCUCAACGCCUCGAGUCAAGACCAAGCCCUGCUCCGCAAUACCCAGAUCCUAGGGAUUUCAAUCGCCCUAUGCCUCCUCCUGCGCUGAAUUCUGAUUCAUCCCGGUCAAGGUCAAUGGCAAAACUAAGCGGGCCGCCUUACCAGAUCCCGCCAAGCAACUUCAAUCACACAUCUGCCACUGCCUCUCGCCGUGAACAGUAUCAUGCUGGAGCCCAGGUCACGCAGCUCGGCCGUCCUGUCCCAGAAAAGCAUGCGAACGAACGAGCCAUGUCUAUGUCGUCCUGGUCAUCGGACCGGGAUCCGCAUAUCAUGAACAGUGGAAGGUCAAUUCCACACCGCAGACCUCCGUCAAGUCACGAUCAGCAGAUUCCAAUAAGGCAAGAGUCAAUGAUGCAGCCUAGCCCCGAUGAAUCCGUUGCAUCUCGUCAGCCAAGCGAUGCAUCGCAGAGAUCUCGGACUAUGUCCAUGGCAUCCACUGUUGCGCCCGAUCGGACGAUGAGCGUUCAAAGCCAAGCCACACAGGGCUCCUCCGGCAAAGUUACCCUUGUUUCUAGGGAUUCGCAGCGGAAAGUCCCGGUGGUUUAUCCUGCUCUGCUUUCUCUCGUCGCUGAGAUUUUCAGGGAGAAGAUUUCACUCGGCGAACGACAGAAGAACGGGCUUUCGUAUCAGAAUGCGUUCUCCGGUACUGAUUCGGUGGACUUGAUCGGCUCCAUAAUCAGAACCAACGACCGCAACCUCGCUCUUUUGCUCGGCCGCGCGCUGGAUGCUCAAAAGUUCUUCCACGAUGUCACAUAUGACCACCGUCUUCGAGACGCACCCGGAGAGGUCUAUCAGUUCAAGGAAACAAUGGGAGAAGACAAGUCGACAAUCGAGGUUAACGGAGUUUUUACUCUCCUGACUGAAUGUUAUUCUCCUACUUGCAACCGGGACACUCUCUGCUAUUCUAUUGCUUGUCCGCGACGACUCGAGCAGCAGGCCAGAUUGAAUCUGAAACCUCAGCCGGUACUGGGAACAUCGGAAUCCAAAACUGCUCUGCCCCCCGAUGAUGAUGACGACAAUGAUAACCAAAAGCUGUGGAUUAGCACGGUGCCCAAGGAGGUCUCAGACUCUGUUGAUGAUCACGAGAAGAAACGGCAGGAGGUUAUCUUCGAGCUCAUGUACACGGAGCGUGAUUUCGUCAAGGACCUAGAAUAUCUGCGGGAUUUCUGGAUGCGACCAUUGCGCGCUGCUGGAACCACUACCCACUCGCCAAUUCCGGAACAUCGGCGUGAGAAGUUCAUCCGAACUGUUUUUGGCAACUGCUUAGAGGUCCUCAAGGUCAACAGCGCUCUGUGUGAAGCCCUGAAUGCUCGACAAAAGGAAAGUCAGGUUGUUCAAACCAUCGGUGACAUCUUCUGUCAACAUGUCCCUAAUUUCGACCCUUUCAUCAAAUAUGGUGCCAACCAACUUUAUGGAAAGUACGAGUUUGAGAAGGAGAAAGCAUCAAAUCCCGCCUUUGCCAAAUUUGUCGAAGACACAGAACGUCUCAAGGAAUCUCGCAAGCUGGAGCUGAACGGUUACUUGACGAAGCCUACAACUCGUCUUGCAAGAUACCCGCUUUUGCUUGAAGGUGUUUACAAAAACAGUGCGGAUGGCAACCCUGACAAAGAAGAUAUUCCGAAGGCCAUCAAGCUGAUUAAGGACUUCCUUUCGCGCGUCAAUGCCGAAAGUGGAAAAGCGGAGAACCAUUUCAACUUGGUCCAACUGAACGCUGCGCUGAAAUUCAACUCUGCGGACUAUGUCGAUUUGAAGCUUACAGAAGAAAAUCGACAAAUGCUCAUGAAGAUGUCAUUCAAGAAGACCACAGCCGACAGCUCCGAUGUUACUGCGUAUUUAUUCGAUCAUGCCGUCCUGCUCGUUCGCGUCAAAAUGGUGAAUAAACGCGAGGAAUCUCGAGUUUACAGGAAACCCAUUCCUUUGGAACUGUUAGUAAUCGCUCAGAUGGAAGAGGUUAUCCCACGACUGGGUAUUGCCAAAAGACCUUCGUCCAGUCUCCUGUCCAACAAGACUGUCAUCAACAAUCCCCCUCCUGCCAAAGAUGGUGGACUGCCUAUCACGUUCAGGCAUCUCGGCAAAGGUGGUUACGAGCAGACUCUGUAUGCCACAAAUGUCGCUACACGACGAAAGUUUAUCGAAGCGGUAGAACAACAACAACACAAACUGUGGGAACGAAACAGCAAUUUCUACAACAAGACGAUCCUGAGCGAGGGCUUCUUUGCAGCGGUCAACCGAAUCAACUGUCUUGUUCCGAUUGAUGGAGGCCGGAAGUUAGUCUACGGGACUGAUAAUGGCAUAUUUGUCUCUGAACGGUGGCCUAAAGACAAAACAGCCAAACCAAGAAAGGUUCUAGAAGCUACUCAAGUCACGCAAAUUGACACUCUAGAAGAGUACCAGCUGCUGUUGGUUCUGGCAAACAAAACGCUUUCCUCUUAUCCCAUGGAUGCUCUAGAUUACGUCGAGGGCCAGAACAGCAUGGCAAAACGGCCCAAGAAGAUUCAGGGCCACGCGAACUUUUUCAAGGCAGGCAUUGGUCUCGGUCGUCAUCUUGUUUGUUCGGUCAAAACAUCGGCGCUAUCGAGUACAAUCAAGGUCUACGAGCCGAUGGACAAUCUGGCGAAGGGAAAGAAGAAGUCUGCUGUCAGCAAAAUGUUCCAGGGCGGCCAGGAUACUCUUAAGCCAUUCAAGGAAUACUAUAUCCCUGCCGAGUCUUCUUCCAUCCACUUCCUGCGUUCUACUCUGUGCGUUGGUUGUGCGCGUGGCUUUGAAGUGGUCAGUCUAGAAACAACGGAGACACAGUCUCUCCUUGACCAGGCCGACACGUCCCUUGAUUUCGUGGCACGAAAGGAGAAUGUUAAGCCCAUUCAUAUUGAGCGUAUGAAUGGCGAGUUCCUACUCAACUAUAGUGAUUUCUCAUUCUUUGUCAACCGCAACGGGUGGCGAGCCCGUCCAGACUGGAGGAUCGCUUGGGAGGGCAACCCGAACUCAUUCGCGCUGUCGUACCCUUACAUCCUGGCAUUCGAACCCAACUUCGUUGAAAUUCGACACGUUGAAACAAGUGAAUUGACGCACCUUAUGACCGGCAAGAACAUUCGCAUGUUACACAGUUCCACCCGCGAGAUUAUCUAUGCCUAUGAAGAUGACCGGGGCUAUGACACUGUUGCCAGUUUAGAUUUCUGGACCAACAAACCACAGCCAGCCGCCGUCUGAUGUCCGAAUGGUGCAUGCCCCAAUGAACCCCCUGCUUGACAUCGUCGCUUUGACGCUGUCGCCCGCAUCUCUCUUUCCACGGAGCAUUAGGGACUUCUCUUCCCAAAGUUCUCAAUGACACGCGCCCUUCACUGCAUGUGUCAUCCCAGCACACUCGCAAAAGUCGUGAUUGUAUGUACUGUGUUGUCUGUACAACAGUUCAGCCGAUCAUUCACAUCUACUUGGCAAAUAUCAACCCCUCCCUUUCCUCAACACCAAUUACAACAAAUCGGGGGUUUUUCCCGUCUUUUCUACGCAAUGUACAAUGGAGCGCAAAUACCACUUCUUGCGUGUCUGCUUUCUUGCUUUUCGCUGCGUUUCUCUUUUUUAACUUCUUGCUGAUUGCAUUUGCUCCUUUUUCUCUUCUUUUCUAAAAUUUUUCUACCUUUCUUCUUUAGCUCUUUCUAUCUCCGGAUGGCUCUGUUUCCCACAUGGCCAUAUUCUCGAGACGUCUUCGUUCUCCCUGUAUCGUUUUGAGUUCGAGGCACCUUUGUCUGUUAUACUUAGCAAUUUCAUUGAUGUGAAUGGCACCAUUGCAUUUCAGA